AUGGCAAAACUAGUACCAUUCACUGGUUGCUUCAUCCUGUUUUUGGUUCUUACAGCAUCAUGCGUUAUGAUACGUAUUGAAUCAGCUAGGAAAAUCCCAAACGGCUUCCCUGAUGAUGCUAACAUAACCUUGCUCCAACUUCCAGAAGGUUCUUGCGGUGAAUUUCCUCAGAGUUGUAUCCGCUUUUUACUCGUAACAAUAAUUUUGAAGAAUUUAAAGCGCAAAUCAUCCUCAUCACUAGAAAAGUCGUCGAAAAGGAAGAAAGGGCGGCGCAUGAAGGGAUCAACAGAGUCGGUUGAAAUCCCCGACGACUUGAUGAUUGAAGUGCUCAUGAGACUUCCCACACAAUCCCUGCAUCGAUUCAAGUGUGUUUGCAAACUAUGGAACUCGACGAUUUCCGAUCCCAAAUUCAUUGACAAGCAUGCGAGACUCUCUUCGGUCCCCGCUGGAGCCGGCAACUCAUCAUGGAGGACAACCAUGGAUCCACCUGGGCGACUUCACGGUUCCGAUAUUUAUGUCAACGGUGUCAUAUAUUGGCUAUAUUGGAUUGAUCGUGACCACAUCAUCAGCUUUGAAUUUGGUAGAGAAGUUUUUCGGAGUUUAAAGAUCUCUGAAUCUCUAAAUCUCAAUGCUCAACUCCUCAAUUUAGGAGGCUCGUUAGCAUGUCUUACUCGCAAAUAUGGAGCUAAAGAACCAACUGAAAUUUGGUUGCUAGAAGAGUGGGAGGUGUUCUCAUUGGGUUCAGAGGAUUCAAGGAAACUUUAUGUUGAUUUAAAGCAACCUAGAAUCCACAAGAAACAGUAUCGAUGGCCCGAUCCACAGAAAGAGGACGGUAGUGAAGACAAAACGUAUUUGAGUAUGUUAGUCUAUCACUGCCGUUACAACCAUGUGGAAAAUAUGUAUAGAUUCAAGGAUCAAGAUGAUGUUGGACAUUCACAGGGGAGCUUCCUUCUUGAAUAA